AUGGGAGCGUUAUCCGAGUUCGGGGGGGGUGGCGGAGCCGCUUCCGCGGACUCUUCCGCCAUCGGCGGAAAGAAGCCCACGCCGGGGCGCGGCGGGGUCGUUAUUUCCGCGUCCCCGGAAGAAUCCCGCGUGCGCGCGAUCUCCGAGAUCGUGCGGGCGAUGAUCGACGGCGUGCGCGCGGGUCGCGACGUGGAGUACAUCCUAAUGGGCGGCACGUUCAUGUCCCUCCCAGCGGACUACCGCGACUUCUUCGUGCGCAAUCUGCACGACGCGCUCUCAGGCCGCUCCUCCGCGUCUGUAGCCGAGGCAGUGCAGUACGCCGAGCAUGCCGCCACACGCUGCAUCGGCCUCACCAUCGAAACCCGUCCAGACUACUGCCUAGGACCGCACCUGCGGCAGAUGUUAGCAUACGGGUGCACGCGGCUGGAGAUCGGAGUGCAGAGCACUUACGAGGACGUGGCCAGGGACACCAACCGCGGCCACACUGUCGCUGCUGUCGCCGACUGCUUCUGCCUCGCCAAGGACGCGGGCUUUAAGGUGGUGGCACACAUGAUGCCGGAUCUACCCAGCGUGGGCAUGGAGAGGGACAUGGAGUCGUUCCGCGAGUUCAUGCACAGCCCCGCCUUCCGCACGGACGGGCUCAAGCUCUACCCCACGCUCGUCAUCCGCGGCACAGGGCUCUACGAGCUCUGGAAGACCGGCAGGUACCGCAAUUACCCGCCAGAAAAAUUGAUCGACCUAGUCGCGCGCAUCCUGGCCCUGGUCCCACCCUGGACGCGCGUGUACCGCAUAAUGCGAGACAUCCCGCUGCCACUGGUCACGUCGGGAAUUGACAAGGGCAACCUGCGCGAGCUGGCGCUGGCGCGCAUGGCAGAGCUGGGGCUGCGGUGCCGGGAUGUGCGCACGCGGGAGGCGGGCAUUCAGGACAUCCACCAUGCCGUGCGGCCGCACGACGUGCAGCUCGUGCGGCGGGACUAUGCUGCGAAUGAUGGAUGGGAGACAUUCCUGUCUUAUGAAGAUGUGACGCAGGACAUUCUGGUGGGGCUGCUGCGGUUAAGGAGGUGUGGGGCACACGUGACGUGUCCGGAGCUGAAGGGGCGGUGCUCCUUAGUGCGAGAGCUGCAUGUGUAUGGCACGGCUGUGCCUGUGCACACACGCGACACCGACAAGCUGCAACACCAGGUUAGAUCGGCCAUCUCGGAGCCACCUUUGAGCAUCGAGAAAUUCCUCCUUAAUGCGAGAGCUACAUGUGGUGGCAGGGCUGUGCCCGUGCACACCCGCGACACCGACAAGCUACAACACCAGGCGAGUGGGAGUUGA